AUGCACCAUCAAAUAUCCAUGGCUCUCACGAUUGGCGCAUGGCAGAUUGCUUUCGUGACCGACCUUGGUGGUGGUGAUAAUGUAUCGGUGCUGUAUACAAACUUUGCGUCCAAGCACACAACCUCCGCUAUCAACCAUCCACAACUUCCACCACCCGCCUUCUCCCAAACCAUUGUGAACAUGGAGAACUUCAGAGCCAGCAAGUGCACCCACAAAAACGGCGAAAUCACAAACUACUACGAAGGUGGCUCUCCCAAUGGCACCCCCUUGAUCUUCAUCCACGGCUGGCCCGACAUUGCAGAGUCCUGGCACCACCAGCUCAACCACUUUGCUUCCCUAGGAAAAUACCGCGUCAUCGCCCCAGACAUGCGCGGCUACGCCGACUCCACAGCUCCUGCCAACAAACGCAGUUAUUCGCUUGAAGUCCUCGUCGGCGAAAUGGUCGAACUCGCCUCGCACCUGGGCAUCCAGAAAGCCGUCUGGGUGGCCCACGACUGGGGCUGCGGCGUCACCAACGCCCUAGCCGCCCACCAUCCAGACCUCUUCCUCGGUAUGGUCAACCUCGCGGUUCCCUACCGAACCAUAGAACUCGGACUCCCCUUUGUCAAGAGCCUCGUCAACCGGACCCUCUACCCAGAAGACGAGUACGAAUGGGGGCAAUGGGACUACAUGCGGUACUACGAGCUCCACGCCGAAGAAAGCAUUGCCAGUUUCGACGCACACGUUGACCGCAUCACACCGAUUCUCUACACCCGCUCCGACCCCAACAACUGGGGCAAACGCUCCUUCACCGCCACCGUCCAACGCGACGGCGGCUGGUUUGGCGGCCACCCAGAAAUGCUACCGGAGAUCCCAAUCGCGGCCACCAUCAUCGACGAGCACCAUCUCGCCAGCCUCGUCAAAUCCCACAAGAAGCACGGUCUCCGCCCCGCAAUCUCUUACUACCUCAACCACGACGUCAACGCCGAGUACGCAAAGAGCGAGAAGAACGCUGGUGUCCUGGAAUUCCCCGUCCUCUUUGUCGAUCCAAAGUACGACGGCGUUUGCAGUCCCAGCACGACGCCGAAGAUGGCGGAGCCGCAAAAGGAGUGUACCAAGGAUUUGACCUAUGAGACGAUUGAGUCGGGGCAUUGGGUGCAGUUGGAGAAGCCCGAGGAAGUCAACCGGGUUCUGGAGAAGUGGUUGAGUGAGAAGUUCUGA